CUGUAGAUGGUCCGCGAGUUUUUUGUAUUGGCUAAGUGGUCCUUGGCCUGAAAAAGUUUGAGAAACUCUGAUCUAAAAGGACAACGCAAAGUGUGCAUCUGCUCACAGCGCUGCCCAGGACUCCUGUAUCAGGUCUAUCUAUAUAGGUUCAGAUUAGUUUUCUUAGUCUUGUUGGUUUAUUCACGUUUUUAAUGUAUACCUUGCAGCAUCACGGCUUACAGUCCUAGUUUGUGUAGCAGGGUGACAUUAACGUGUAUGGCAUCUUACAUUUUCGAGUUGCUCGUCAUAUUACGUGAUAUUUUGUCGCAUGUCGGACUCGGAUGGUUUGUCCGAAUUAGACUGGUGAUUGGUGGCUUUCAUAGCCAGAGAAUAAACUGUAGAUGGCACGUUAUUAACUGGAACGGCAUGCUAUGUUGUCCUACCAGAUGCUAUGCCAGUACAUAUUACCAUUAAGUUCAUGGAAGUAGGGAUAGGCUGCGUUUGUAGUUUUCUACACUAGUUACAAGCGUUCUAAUUUGUAAAGCACUAAAGUGACGUAACAAUCAGCGAGAUUCUACAUUGAAUGCAAGGUGCUUGACGUGGCAGCAGAUUAGUCUUCUCUGUAGAAGUAAACAUACUGAAGUCGACGUGGACGUUUGAUUCAGAGACCUGACCAAGAUGACCAAUUACUUGGCUUUCCCAGCCAUAGUGGACACUCCUGGCCAGUAUGGUCAAAUGAGAAAAAUGUGGGAUGGUCACCAUUUUAAAUAUCAUAUGGACAGAAUGGGAAAAGUUAAACCAAUGGUGGACAACAAAGCUCCCAGAACGUUUAUACACUGUCACAUGAAAAUGAAGAAAAUUCAGAUGGAGCAAGAGCGUCUGAUGGAGGUGGAGAGAGACAACAGACUGCUGGUGUCCAGAAUUGCCCGCACCAUGGCCAAAGGAGGCCUGGACAACUGGAACGAGUCCUAUGAGGUCUAUUCAAAGAACUGUAGUGUGAGUGAAGAUGUGAGGAACCGAGAGCUGGUGAAGAUUUCCCUGGAGAACCAGGCUAUCCUCAACAAGAUCAACAUGACCAUACCUGUGUACAACCACAAGCAAUGGCUGAACGACUUCAAAGUGACAAGAGAAUAUACGAAACGUCUGAGAAAGUAUCCACAAACAGACACAACCAAGGUGCCCGCUUUGAACCUGAUUAAUUGACCAACCUCCACUCCAACACUGCAGUUUAUCUAUCAGCAUUUUUAUUGUAUAGUUUUGUAUGGUGUAAUUCAAAAGCAAAUAAUGCCAAAUCAAUAAAAUGCAACAGUGUUUACUAUGACAACCUCUGUGUUUGUAUGUGUGUAUUCAUGUGUGUGUGUGUGC